CCGAAAAUCAGCCUGGAUUUCUUUGUCAGUAUUGUACGAAAACAUCGCAACAUCACCUGCAUUCAAGCAUCUUUGUUUCUUUCAUGCCCUUGACACAAUGGACCGUAUAAGUCAACUUAAACUGCGAGUCCCUGUAUGUACCGAGCUCUUCACCACCAGACAGUCUAGCAUCCCGACAAAUUCUUCCUCUCGCAAAGGAAAUCAACAAUGUGGCCAUUCGACCACUUCACAAGCUGGUUCGGGGCCGCACCCGCUUCUCCUCCUCCUCCACCACCACCUCCUCCUAGAGCAACUGCAACCUCUAACCUACCCCCAGCUAUCCAGAAUGGCGCAGGUGCCAACAAUCUAGUGAGAUUCCAGAUCGAAUCAGACUGGCAUCUUGAGCAAGCUCAAUUUUUCGAUUUAGAGUACAGAGUCUUUAGGGCCAAUUUCCCGGCCCCCCAACCGGGAGAUAUACUCCUUCUAGCUGGCGACUGUGGUCGAGUCAAUCUCGGUACUGCUAGAGCAGCCAACGGAUCACUAUCUGAGUUUGACUAUUUUGCAGCAUACCAACGGGUGCUGCAAGAGGAUUUUGCUCCAACAUACCGACACGUCUUUCUCAUCGGAGGCAACAACGAGCCUAAGACUCUACCGCUCGGCCCCAUACUCGAAGAAUCGAUCGUAAAGCUCAAAUCCAUGGAGAAUGCAAUCCCGAACCUUACGGUCUUGGAGAACCAGAGUGCUGAUCUGUCCGGACUUGGACACGACAUCACAAUUCUGGGAUGCACCUUGUGGUCCCGGAUCCGUGAGGAUGCCGCCCCAGCCAGCGGUGAUGCUGGUACCUGGACUGGGGAGACCAAUGCCGCGCACAACGAACGAUUUGAGAGAUCGUAUCAAUGGCUCAAAGACGAAGUCGCCAGAGUUCGGAGAGAGCGACCCACGCACCGGAUUAUCAUCAUGACGCAUCACGCACCUACUAUACGUGAGUCAGGCCAGCCAGGUCGCGAUGGCACUCGAGCAGAAGGUCUUGUACCUGCUCAGCCCGAACAAUGGAGCGGGUACCAAACUGACAUUCUUGGAGGGGAAGGACUGGUCGGUCUCAGACCGGGAGACCAUUGGGUUUUUGGUCACACUCAUUUUUCGACACAAUUUGAACAAGAUGAGGUCCGAUGUAUUUCGAACCAGAGAGGUGGACCAUCGAAUGAUUCCAAGCUCAGGGCUACUCGAUAUCGUAAGGGAGGAGUUGUUGUAGAAAUUUGAUGGGGCUUAUGACUGUUUUUGGAGCUGCCGGAUCUGGGUUGGGAGUACUGUACAAUAAUGCCUAGUAUUAAAUGCAAAUCAAGGAUAGAAUGGACUUGAAAA